AUGGAUCCCAGAAAGCCUAUUGAUUUCAAGGUCCAGAUCACAGUGGCAUGUUUUCAUCUUACCCUUCUGAAUCUUUGUUUGCAGGCUGUUAAGCAACUGGCCAUACUUCCUUCCUCAUGCAGAUCCCAAAGACUAUUCAGUGUUCAUAGAGGUGAGGAUGAAUACACACACAUCAUCGUUGGAGGGGGAUCUGCUGGAUGUGUCCUGGCAAACCGUCUCUCUGCCUUAGCUAGCAACAAGGUUCUUCUUCUUGAAGCUGGGCGCAAAGACUACACAUGGAAGAUCCACAUGCCUGCUGCUCUUAUGUAUCCUCUGGGGAGCAAAACCUACAACUGGUAUUACCACACAGUUCCUCAAAGGCACAUGGAUAACAGAGAGAUGUACUGGCCAAGAGGUAAGGUCCUAGGUGGAUCAUCCUCCAUCAAUGCAAUGUGUUAUGUUAGAGGACAUGCUUAUGAUUACGAUAGAUGGGAACGAGAGGGUGCUUUAGGAUGGUCUUACGCAGAUUGUCUACCGUAUUUUAAACGAGCCCAGUGCCAUGAACUUGGUGAAGAUGAAUACCGUGGACGUGAUGGUCCCCUUCAUGUAUCUCGAGGUAAAUCAAACAAUCCUCUGUUUGAGGCAUUCAUAAAAGCUGGUGAGCAGUGUGGAUAUCCAUACACCUCAGACAUGAAUGGAUACCAACAAGAGGGAUUUGGAUACAUGGAUAUGACAGUCCACAAUGGCAUAAGGUGGAAUACAGCAAAUGCAUACCUUCGAUCAGGGGAUGUACAAAAGAGGGAUAACUUGACUGUCCUUUCAAGGUCUUUCGUUGAUAGAAUUGUAUUUGAAGGAACUAAGGCAGUUGGAAUAGAGUACACACGGAACAAAGCUAAGAAGGUUGCAAGAGCCACAAAGGAAGUAGUUUUGUCAGGAGGUGCAAUUAACUCACCGCAGUUGUUGAUGCUUUCCGGUGUAGGGAAUGCAGAUGACCUAAUGGAUCUGGGCAUCCCAGUAGUUGCCCAUCUUCCAGGUAUAGGACAAAAUCUUCAAGAUCAUCUAGAGGUCUAUGUUCAACACCGAUGUACGAAACCCAUUACAUUGUACAAGGCUCAAUGGAAGUUUCCUUACAAUAUGGUUGCUAUCGGGCUUGAAUGGUUUUUGUUUCAGACCGGCCUAGCUGCUACUAACCACCUAGAAGCAGGGGGUUUCAUCAGGAGUCGUCCUGGAAUAGAUCACCCAGAUAUCCAAUACCAUUUCCUUCCAUCGGUUGUCAAUGAUCAUGGGCAGAAACCUGGUCACUGCCAUGCCUUUCAGGUUCACAUUGGUUCUUUGAGAGAAACUAGUCGAGGCUUCCUGAAGCUCCGAUCUCCUAAUCCCCGAGAACAUCCUAUUCUUGAUCCCAAUUAUCUUGCCACCGAGGAUGACCGGUGGGAUAUGAGAGAAGGUAUUAAGCUCACCAGAGAGAUCUUCGCUCAGACUGCCUUUGAUCCGUUCCGUGCUGAGGAGCUUCAACCAGGUCCUACUGUCAACACUGAUGCAGAGAUAGAUGCAUUUAUUCGCGCCAAGGGAGAUACUGCCUACCAUCCUUCUUGUACGUGCAAGAUGGGUUCUGAAGAUGAUCCGAUGGCUGUUGUAGACAGCAAUACCCGUGUCCUUGGCUUGGAGAAUCUUAGAGUUGUUGAUGCAUCCAUCAUGCCAAGUAUCGUCAGUGGCAAUCUUAAUGCUCCAACAAUUAUGAUAGCUGAAAAGGCAGCUGAUAUCAUCCUUGGCAACACACCUCUUGAAAGAUGUGAUGUACCAGUCUGGAAACCUGCUACAUUAGAAACCCAAAGAUGGUCAGGAGAUGUGAAGCUUGCAGCAACUGGUUAAAGAACAUUCAAAGAAAAAAAAAUUGUUCGCACAUUUCUGCUGAUGUUAAAAUUUGCCUUAUUUUUCCUUCUUUUUAGAUGCAGACUUGUGUAAGUCUUCUUGUCUGUGAUUUAAUGAUAAUCUGUACAAUAUGAAUAUGAAAGCAUUUACUGAUAUUGUAUGGUAUUAUAUGCAGGAGAUGGUGAUAACUAAAAUCUAAAUGCAAAAUCAAAGGAUUUUGUAAAAUUUUCAUCGUUAAUAUGGAAAUGAAUUUGAAUUUCAAUUGUGCCUGUGUGUUUCAGUUUUGUAAAAGAGUUUUGAAAAUAGAUUUUAUAUUUUUUAUGCCUCAGUUAGCUUCCUCCUAUCAAUGUCAGAAGCAUAAAGUUUGGCUGCGGUUGAGAAUUCAUCUAGACACGCCAAGAAGAAACUCCCCCAUUUUAUAAAAUGCCAUACAUAUAGCUAUUUUGCAAAAUAUUUUUAUCCAAAAAUUCAACUUUUGAUAGUGUUUCUAAACUUUUUACAUUUUAUUGUCAAUUAUCGAUAUUCUGAAUCACAAAUCCCUAAAUGACCCAAGAUUGAAAGAAAUGCUUUUGUCUCGCCUGCAUCGCAGAGCAUGACUAUACAUGUAGGUGCCGUUUUUCAGACACCGUCGGUGUUAUCAACAUUGAAAUCUUAAUGGCGCAGGCACAUUUCCCCUAUGGUGGCUGUACGGCGAGUCGCAAACAGUCGUUUUAACUUUUUUGUGCCAGCCACAGGUAGGUGGUCUGAAUAAAAAAAUAAAUAAUACAGCUGUUUCUGACUCGCCGUAAGGCCACUGUAGGGGAAAGGUGACUGCAUGUGCCAUAACCAAGGUUAGGCAUUUGAAAUGACAUCCUAACUUAGAAACUAUAAGGACCUAUUUCAUUAAACUUGGACAUAAUUAGAGUUAUCAAGUAUCUGUGAUCAUCUUACCUGAGUUUGAGGUCAUAUGACAUAUGUCAAAGGCCAUUUACAUGUAGGUUCAAUAUAAUUUAACUAUGUUGGGGGUAUUUGCUGUUUUGAAGGGGGGGGGGCAUAAUGGUCCCUGUGGCCAGGCAUUCAAGUUUGCAAAAUAACCAAGGUAAGUUGGGGUUAACCAUGUAUUAACUUUUUGAAAUGUAACUCUGAAAGUCUAUGGAUCUACAGCAGUUCAUGAAACUGGGACAUCAGAGUAAUCUAGUAUCACUGAUCGUUUUGCUCGAGUUUCAUGUCACAUGAUUAAGGUCAAAGGUCAUUUAGGAUCAGUUAACUUUGAUCAUGACUGAUUUUUUCAAAUUCCCCUUUUUCUACUAAUUAAAGAUUGCUAAAUUCCUAUUUUAUUAAUUGACUCUAAUGAAUCAACUGUGAAUGAUGCUUUUUGAAAUGUCAUAACUUUGGAAGUCUAUGGAUCUAGUUCAUGAAACUAGGACAUAAGAGUAAUCCAGUAUCACUAAUUGUCUUGCACGAGUUUCAUGUCAUAUAAUUAAGGUCAAAGGUCAUUUAGGAUCAGUGAACUUUGACCAUGACAGAUUUUUUUUAAUUCCCCUUUUUCUAGUAUGAUUGCUAAAUUCCUAUUUUAUUAAUUGACUCUAAUGAAUAAACUGUGGAUGAUGCAUCAAAAUAGGAUUUCACUUGAUUACAUUCUUUGAGAAAGAAAGUCUGUCAAUUCACAUGAUUCUGCAGGGAGGUGAAUUCAGCCACGAGGGUUAGAAAACAUCUUGCUUAUUUGCUCAUUAGCAUAGGGCUCUGCAGUCUGGCUGCCAAAGCUCUACAUGUACAUAUAUAGAACAUGUAUGUUUUAAGGUGAAACUUCUUGGUUAUACAACAGUAGUGUCAGUAACAUGCAUGGGCAUCAGUGCAGUGGAUUAUCCUUCGUUCAUUGGAGGGGGGGGGGGGCAUCUCUUGUUCCAUGCCCCCCCCCCCACACUGUGUGUGGGCCACACACACACAAAAGAUAAUCCUUUGCUCCAACACUUAUGGUCAGUAGGCUACCUUAUCAUUAUUUCCUACCAAAGAAAUUAGCUCUUUCAGAAAAAAAUGUCUGCAAUUGCAUUAAUGAUUAAUGUGUGUAUCUUUAUUAUUUUACUAAACCAAAGAAAGUUGGAAAAACCAAUAAUUCAUUUCUAUGAAUAUAAAAUAAUUUUCGCUAAUACCAAAGACAGAGACCAAAGAAAAUAACUAUCAGUAUUGAAUUAUAAAAAAGUAGUUUUUUAGAUAAAGUAUGGUCAAUACUAACCUAAGUUAUCAUUGAAUUUAUGCAUUGAAUUAUGUCUAAUUGCGUGAAUUAAUAUUUUUACAUCAAAGGUUGUAACGCAUAUAAUCAGAUGCCAUUUACAUGUUGAUCGUCAUGAAGACCAUUUGCUAAUAUUGUUAUUGAUAUUUUCAUUUUUGCCUUUGUGUUUUCUUCUUUAGUGGGAUUUUAAGCUGACAUUCGUUAUGUUUGAAACAGAUCUGAUUAAAAGCAAUAUAUUGUAAUGAAGCCGAUGAA